CGGGCUUGUCGUUAGCGCGUCUCGCUACGGUCCACAACAGAAACCUUUACAAACGACAGAACGCAAAUUUUCGGAAGUCCCAGCACAGUGACGCUUCCUGAAACCCUGUUGUUUGUGUCGACCCUGGAUGGCAGUUUGCAUGCUGUCAGCAAGAGGACAGGCUCCAUCAAAUGGACUUUAAAAGAAGAUCCAGUUCUGCAGGUUCCAACGCAUGUUGAAGAGCCUGCCUUCCUCCCGGAUCCCAACGAUGGCAGCCUGUAUACCCUCGGGGGCAAGAAUAACGAAGGCCUGACGAAACUUCCCUUUACCAUCCCAGAGUUGGUACAGGCAUCCCCAUGCCGAAGUUCAGACGGGAUUCUCUACAUGGGUAAAAAGCAGGACAUUUGGUAUGUCAUUGACCUUCUGACCGGGGAGAAGCAGCAGACUUUGUCAUCGGCCUUUGCAGAUAGCCUCUGCCCUUCAACCUCUCUUCUGUAUCUUGGGCGAACAGAAUACACCAUCACCAUGUAUGACACCAAGACCCGAGAGCUCCGGUGGAAUGCCACCUACUUCGACUACGCAGCCUCGCUGCCAGAGGACGACAUGGACUACAAGAUGUCCCAUUUUGUGUCCAAUGGCGAUGGGCUGGUGGUGACUGUGGACAGCGAGUCUGGUGAUGUCCUGUGGAUCCAAAACUAUGCUUCCCCCGUGGUGGCCUUUUAUGUCUGGCAGCGGGAGGGGCUGAGGAAGGUGAUGCACAUCAACGUCGCUGUGGAGACCCUGCGCUACCUGACCUUCAUGUCGGGGGAGGUGGGGCGCAUCACCAAGUGGAAGUACCCCUUCCCCAAGGAGACGGAGGCCAAGAGCAAGCUGACGCCCACCCUGUAUGUUGGGAAAUACUCUACUAGCCUCUACGCCUCCCCCUCAAUGGUCCAUGAGGGGGUCGCCGUUGUGCCCCGAGGCAGCACUCUUCCUUUGCUGGAAGGGCCGCAGACUGACGGUGUCACUAUUGGGGACAAAGGGGAGUGUGUGAUCACACCCAGCACUGACCUAAAGUUUAACCCUGGGCUCAAAGGGAAGAACAAGCUCAACUACUUGAGGAACUACUGGCUCCUGAUUGGGCACCAUGAAACACCGCUGUCUGCGUCUACCAAGAUGCUGGAGAGAUUCCCCAACAAUCUGCCCAAACACCGGGAAAAUGUGAUUCCUGCCGACUCAGAGAAAAAGAGCUUUGAGGAAGUUAUCCACCUGGUUGACCGGACUUCAGAGAACGCGCCCACCACCGUUUCUCAGGAUGUGGGGGAGAAGUUAGCUCAUGCCCCCUCCAGGCCCGAGGCCCCCAUGGACUCCAUGCUCAAGGACAUCGCUACCAUCAUCCUGAGCACCUUCCUGCUCAUCGGCUGGGUGGCCUUCAUCAUCACCUAUCCCUUGAGCAUGCAUCAGCAGCAGCAGCUCCAGCACCAGCAGUUCCAGAAGGAACUGGAGAAAAUCCAGCGCCUGCAGCAGCAGCAGCUGCCCUUCCACGCACCUGGAGACGUGGCUCAGGACGCCGAGCUCCUGGACUCUUCCGGCCUGUACUCGGAGAGCUCGGGCGCCAGCAGCCCCAGCACGUCCCCCAGAGCCUCCAACCACUCGCUGCACUCCAGCAGCUCUGCCUCCAGGGCCGGCACCAGCCCCUUCCCGGAGCAGGACGAUGAGGAUGAGGAGACCAGCAUGGUGAUGAUUGGGAAAAUUUCAUUCUGUCCCAGGGACGUUCUAGGCCAUGGAGCGGAGGGCACAAUUGUGUACCGGGGCAUGUUCGACAACCGCGACGUAGCAGUUAAGAGGAUCCUUCCCGAGUGCUUCAGUUUCGCCGACCGCGAGGUCCAGCUGCUGCGAGAAUCUGACGAGCACCCGAACGUGAUCCGUUACUUCUGCACGGAGAGGGACCGGCAGUUCCAGUACAUCGCCAUCGAGCUGUGCGCCGCCACUCUGCAGGAGUACGUGGAACAGAAGGACUUCGCCCACCUCGGCCUGGAGCCCAUCACCCUGCUGCAGCAGACCACCUCCGGCCUGGCCCACCUGCACUCCCUCAACAUUGUUCACAGAGACCUGAAGCCCCACAACAUCCUCCUCUCCAUGCCCAAUGCACACGGCAGGAUCAAGGCCAUGAUCUCCGACUUCGGCCUCUGCAAGAAGCUGGCAGUGGGCAGGCACAGCUUCAGCCGCCGUUCAGGGGUGCCGGGCACGGAAGGCUGGAUCGCCCCAGAGAUGCUGAGCGAAGACUGCAAGGAGAACCCCACCUACACAGUGGACAUCUUCUCUGCGGGCUGCGUGUUUUACUACGUGAUUUCUGAGGGCAGCCACCCUUUCGGCAAGUCCCUGCAGCGACAGGCCAACAUCCUCCUGGGCGCCUACAGCCUCGACUGCUUACACCCCGAGAAGCACGAAGACGUCGUCGCCCGGGAGCUAAUAGAGAAGAUGAUCGCAAUGGACCCUCAGAAGCGCCCGUCGGCGAAGCACGUGCUGAAACACCCGUUCUUCUGGAGCCUGGAGAAGCAGCUCCAGUUCUUUCAGGAUGUGAGUGACCGAAUAGAAAAGGAGUCCCUGGACGGCCCGAUCGUGAAGCAGCUGGAGAGAGGCGGGAGAGCUGUGGUGAAGAUGGACUGGAGGGAGAACAUCACUGUCCCCCUGCAGACAGAUCUGCGUAAAUUCAGAACCUAUAAAGGUGGCUCCGUCAGAGAUCUCCUCCGAGCCAUGCGAAAUAAGAAGCACCACUACCGGGAGCUGCCCGUGGAGGUGCGGGAGACCCUGGGCUCCCUCCCCGACGACUUCGUGCGCUACUUCACGUCGCGCUUCCCCCACCUCCUCUCUCACACCUACCGGGCCAUGGAGCUGUGCAGCCACGAGAGGCUCUUCCAGCCCUACUACUUCCACCCGCCCCCGGAGCCUCAGCCCCCCGUGACUGCAGAGGCCCUCUGAGCCAGGCGGCCUCCGUUCCGGUGGCCCCAGCUGUGACUGAGGGCCUGAUGUCCGCAAGCCAGAGCCCGCAGCCCUCCCGCCAAGCGGGGAGACCAGGCUCCCACACCCAGUGCCUUGAGCGGCCUGCUCUGCAGCCAGCAGAGGAGGGUGCAGACCCCGGGAAGGGGGCGAGGUGACCCCUCCUGACCUGCAGGAAGCUGGGAAGAUGGUGGCUGUGAAAGCUUCACCGUCAGGGAACGUCUGCAGAGAAGGGUCCGCCCCAGAGGCAGCAGCAGGGGCGCCCCCCACCUCCUGGAUAAACUCACUUCAGACUUAGGUUUCUUUUUAAACUUCCUGUCUGAUGUCAGCCUGUGAGCCUUUAAGGGAGAGAGAGGAAGAAGCACUAAGUUCUGCCUGCGCGCCGGGCCCAGGAGCAUCUCUCUUCUCGACCAGCAGGCUGAGGGGCACUAAGUGCAGCCACUGCUAGAGAUGGGGCUCGCGAGGUGAGGGUGCUGCCGAGGAGGAGGACAUUCAGAGGGUGUCAUCCCUGGAGACAGAGAUCACUGAUCCCCAAUCACAAGUGCGCCCAGAUACCCCAGGUCACUGUGACCAGUGUUUCCCUGGGGGCAGCAGGGCCUUGAGCAUGGAGCAUGGUGUUGGGACAGGUCAGCGGUAAACUCUGGAAAUUGAGGAUGUGUCUACGAAGGUCUCAGGAAUGAAGAGGACAGUCUGUCCCGAGGCAGCUGCGGCCCCGUGUACUGGUGGCCCAAAUGGUGGCUUUUGGUGGCUUUGUGCCCUGGACCAUUUAGGGAUGUUUAGGAGCAUUUGGGGCAAGAAGUGGUAAUUCCCUGGCUGUGAAGGACACAGGCAGGGUCAGGCCUUCGGGAUCUGAGGGGAGCAGGCCUAACAAGCCACAGUGGCCACCCCGGGAGAGCCCUGGGCCAGAGGAUAAGCGAUGGAGCCUCUGUCCCUGGAGCCAGCGGGAUUGGCCGAGGGCUUGGGAGCCAAGGCCAGGGUCACCAUGUACUUUGUGGGCAGGAUUUUGUUUCUCUUGGCAGAUUUUAAUAAGUUUAUAUUUUGAUCAUACUGUAGCUACAUUAGCACAAGCGAGCCAAACUUAACUGGAAGCUCACUCGUGAAGAAAGGCAGUACAUCUGUUCUGUGUGGUACGGAAGACCCCCUCCCUCGCGGGAAGAGUGUUCGUGUUCGGAGCACUCGCCAAUGCCGAUGAAAGCACAACGUUACAUCACUAUACGCGCCUCUUAACCAACCUCAAAGUCAUAUUCCCUAAAUUAUGUCAAUACCGCGUUAUUUUCCCCGGGAAUUUAAUGUAAUUGUUAGUUUUCGUUUCAGUCAAGAAUUCCUGUCUUCUCUACCGAGAGCGUUAGAGGUUAGGUGCAGCCGGGCACCGCGUGCGGACGCGUUCUCUGGGCUUUCUCCAGCCCCGCGGGCCCGGGCCUCCGCUGGGAGUGCGGAUGUUGCGUCGAGUUGCCCCGACUGACAGAGGAAUCACUGUUUCUCACUGUGCGACGUUUUCCCGCGUGGAGGCCACGCAUCCAGACCUCUCGUUCUGCCUUUGUAGACUGCUGUUCCUCCUGUCGUCAUGCCUAAAAUCACCUUUUCUCUUAAAUUAAUAUUCUCCUACAUCUUUAAACCUCACCAGUUACCUCAUUCAGACCGUGGAGCCCUGGCGUCUCUGGUUGGCAUCGUGGGGUCUACCGCACCUCCCAUUUUUCACGAACACAGCCAGACGGGUUUCUUUUCCUGCUCUGAUUGGCCUGUGCCGGCCCCAUUCUGCACGUCACUUUGCCACCAGGCCCGAGUGGGGCUAGCCCGAGAGACAGGUGGAGAGGGUGGCACGAGUGACUUCCAGGACGCUCGGCGCUGCUGAAGGCCCUCUCCGGGGAGUAGUCAGGUCAUGUCUAGCUGCCCAGUACUUGUCAUCUCUCUGUUUUGGCUCAACUUGCCUGCAGGAAAACUUUUUUAAAAUGCCUUUUCUGCUUAUUUGUUUCUAACCACCCAACUUGCUCAAACUCAUUUAUUCACCAUAUACUGGGGCGCUGGGUGCUAGGGACAGAGAGGUGGACGAGAUAGUUAAAAGCCCUGCUUUCAUAAGAGCCUGUUGUGAAGACAACAAUAAAGAAAUAUUAGUGCUGUGAAGAAGCCCAGGGGGCGGGGAAGGGGUUUGCAUCUUUUCAGUCUUCAAGCCGGCCGUGUCCCAGGACCCACCCAAACUAGCCAGGUUGCUUUCUGUCCAUCUCUUUGUCGCCUGUAGGGCCCAGGCACUCACCAGUCCUUCUGGUGGUUGGAAGAGGCCUUACCUGGGAACUUGUCCUGAAAACACCUGGGACAUCCUCUGGUAGAUCUCAUUCCAGUCUCUAGAAUUGGGGUUUCCUGUUGUGCACCUGAGCUCUUUGACCUUGAGUAUGAUUCCUAGAAGGCUGCGGAGCUUUUUAGAAAUACUUGGUCUUCAUUUUUACAACAGAAUUUAGUUGCAUCUUCUAGGAAUCCCGAGGACACUACAAUUUCUUCAAAUCUUGUGUUGAACCUUGUAUUGAAUCUGUCUUUGGGACACCUGCCAGAAUUUCCCUUGUUGCUUCUUGUGUCUUUUUAAUUUCAUCUUAUAAAGACUCCACAUGUCACUAGGCACCAGAGCAUUUGCACUUUUGGGAAUCACUGGUGUUAUUUGAGAAGUCACUAAACCGUCUAGUUGCCAAGGUAUAAAAUCCUGGGUGCAAAGGUGUCCUCCCCUCCCCCAGCCUCAGUGCAAUAGUCACCGUAAGUUCUUUCCAGUGAGAUGUCACUGACCCAUUACAUGUAUUAUAUUGGAAGAUCCACGUUAGUGGGUCCAGAAAAGUAUUUUCUUCCCAUCAAAAAAGGUCCUUAUCAGCAUUAACCCUGAUCCUUCCAGUAAGGUUUUAUGUGGACGUGACUCAUUUAUCUUUGCACUUCUGUCUCCCUGCAUUACGAGAUGAUUUGGUUGCUGAUCUGACCUCUCGCCAAUGUGGGGGCCUUUGGGUUGCAGGGCUUUCUCCUUCUGGCUGCUAUCUUUUCAGAAGCUGAACUCUGGCCAGCUUUGGAUUUCCCAGGACUGUUCCCAUCCCCCGUCUCUGGAUUGGAUCCUCAGCCUUGCAGUCCUUGUGGAGGUGGGCUAGGAAGACCUGCAAGAGAAAGCCCAGCACCCCUGUAAAGAGCCCCUUUAAAUCCUCUUUUGCUUUCUCUCUACUCAUUCGGUUUUGGAAAUCCUUUUUCUUCAUAUCUCCCAGCAUUUCUUUCCCCCCCGGUCAUCCCUUCACCGCCUGGAGUUGUUUAGAUGCGUAUGACCUGGCAUCGGCCUUUUCCUGGAAGGAAAUCAUCAGGUGUCUCUUACGGAUGAGCCAAAUUUCCACCUCCCAGGGUUGGACCAUUAUCUUUUAAACCAAAGGGCCUACUCUUCUGUACUUGAUGAAACAGUGAUUUCCCGUGAGUUACUGUGGUUCUGGCUUUUGGAGCAGCAAUUAAAUCUCGUCUCUCUUCAUUGGAAAACCACAAAGAACCAUCCGCAGUGAGCCUCCCGCUGGAGCAGCCUUAACCAACAACUCCAGCCAAAGUCCCUGCCCCCUUGCCUCCCCCGAGCUCUUCAGUGUUUGGUGGGUGCAGCAUUCCUUUUCUGUGUCCCAAAAGCUGUGAUGGGGGUGUCCCCACUUACCUACAAAGCAUUACCAGUCAACUCUGCCGCAUUCUCAGAUGCAAACCUUAUGUAGUGUUCUUUUUGCAGUGACCUAUUUAUUUAACCUAUUUAUAUUUAUUUAAUUUUUACUCUGAAGUAUAUCCAGUUAUAAUUGCACUUGCUUAAAGCACAUAAGAUUUGUUUUGGACAACACCCCUGAUCAUUUUAAAACUGGAAAAGGAAAAGUUAUACUGUAUCCUUCCACGGGAUGGACGCCUUACAGUAGUUUUCUUAGUAAAGGGUGAAUAAUUUGGUCGUGGUAAACGUGUAAAUUUUUGAGUGAUUUUUUAAAAAAUUCUGUGCCAUUGUGUCUUCUCUGUGGAUGGUUUACUGUUAAAUGUGUGUUAAUUGUGUGAUACAAUCCUCUUUGUGGAGCCUAAAAUCCUCCUUUUUAGCUUUAUAUUUUAUAAACUGCCAGAUUGUACAAUUUCUAUGUGUAUUUUUAAAGCUCCAUGAUGUGAGGGUAAUUAUAUAAGUGAAACGGCCUAUUUUUGUACCUCCUGUACAGUUUUAUAAUUCUGCUGAUUGAUGAUGGCAUCUUAUGUUGAGCCGACCACAAAUAAAGGUAGUUUUAGAUUUGGAA